AUGUCUUCUGAGAACACAGGAGCCGAGUUGUCAGAGUAUCAAAAGUUGAGAUUGAUAGUUGGCGAAUAUAUCACAGUGAUGUCCCCGAUCUUUCACGGUCCAUCAUUUCUUGAAAUGAGAAACUUCAAAGUUGGAUGUGCUGGAAUGACAUAUCCAAUUGAAAACGUUUCUCCAGCAAUUAACAUGUGUGACGGACCCAAUGGCCUCAGAAUUGGCAUUUCAAUGUUUGUGAAAAACAAAACAGCGUUUCCGACAGGGAUGUGUCUUGCUGCGACGUUUGACACGAAAUUGGCUGAGUUAGAAGGUGAGGCGAUUGGGGCGGAGUGUGUUGAAGAGAACAUUGGGGUACUUCUUGGCCCUGCUAUUAACAUUUGCAGACAUCCACUCGCAGGAAGGAAUUACGAAUGCUUUUCGGAAGACCCCCGAGUCGCUGGAGAGAUUGGGGCGUAUUAUAUAAAAGGAAUUCAGAACAAUGGGAUAUCGGCUUGUGUCAAACACUUUAUAGCAAAUAACCAAGAGACGUCGAGAGAGUAUGUCGACGUUAAAAUGAGUGAGAGAGCUUUCAGGGAAAUUUACUUGGAACCGUUUCGAAUAGCAAUUGAAGAAGGAAAACCAAUGGCUCUAAUGACUUCAUAUAAUAAGAUCAACGGAGAGUACGCAGGAGAGAGAAGAGAAUUUUAUGAGGUAUUAAGAGAGGAAUUGCACUAUGAUGGAAUUAUAAUGACUGAUUGGUAUGCUUGUAAAGACACAGUAAAGAUGGUCUUGAUGGGAAAUAAUUUGAUUGAGCUCGGGGUC